AUGGUAGUCGAUCAGGAUGGGACGCGAUACAUGGACCCAACCCAUUGGCAAGCAGUCUUGAGCGAGAUCACGGAGGUGAAGGAAUACCUUCAACUGGCCGAUGACUCAUAUUUUGAAGAACAAACCGAGGAAUCGCCUGCUCCAGAGAUCUCAGGGCCAGUACUUUUCUUCGGCAAUACAAUCUCUGCCACUAAGGCUGAUCUGCUCACUGCGGUACCUGCUCGGCCAGUUGCCGACCGAUUAAUCUCUCUAUAUUUGAACUCGAAAGAGUCUACUCUAGUUCUCAUGCACGUACCCACAUUCACAAAAGAGUAUGCUGAAUUCUGGAAAAGCCCCGAAGAUGUCUCCAUAAACUGGUUGGCAUAUCUUUUCAGCAUUCUGUGUGCAGGUGCAGGGCUGCAGUUAUUUUCCACGUCUGGUCGAGCAGACGGUGGUCUCGCCGAAACUUUUGCCGAGUAUCAACGACUUGCGUCGCAAUGCCUUGUUAUGUCCAAUUACACAUCCCCAGGUCGAUACACGAUGGAGACUCUCAUCUUAAACGUGGCAAUGGAGAUCCUCAGAAGCACAGAUAAUCAUCUGGGUCCCUCAGUCCUUCUAAGCCUAGCCACACGAUUAGCAGUGCAUGCUGGAUAUCACAGAGACUCAAAACACUACCCCGAGAUUUCAGUCUUUGAUGGAGAAAUGCGCCGCCGGGUCUGGACGUAUCUUUCUCUACUCGAUCAUUAUAUCUCUCUUCAAGCUGGUCUUCCACCGACUACAGUCCAGACUCAAUCUGACACUGAGGAGCCCCGGAAUUUGAGAGAUGAGGACCUGGAUCCGGCAGCGACAACUCUGCCUCGUGCCAGGCCAUCGACUGAGAAGACUGCCAUCCUCUUCCCAGUAGUCCUCAACAGAAUCAUGUUUGCUGACGCCGAAAUUAUCAGCAAAGUUUGUUCCGUCAAGGGUGUUCCUUACCAAGAAGUUCUUCGCCUAGAUGGGAAACUCAAAGAGCUUCACAAAAUCAUCCCUACUCCUCUGAAAUUCCGUCCACUGAGUGAAUCAAUUGCAGACUCGCCAAACACAAUUAUGGACCGCUACAAUAUCAACCUGAUGUAUCAGAAAGCACGUUGCGACCUACAUCGUCGUUAUCUCGCGCAGCACCGUCUGGAUCCAGAAUAUGCAUAUUCCCGACGGGAUUGCUUGGAGGCCGCGCGGACAGUACUCCAGCACCAGUCCGAUAUUUUCGAUGCAGGUAGCUCAGGUGGCCAAUUGGGCUACACGUCAUUCUUCUUCUCGCCUAUCGUAUCCGUGCAUUUCCGCUCCGCUGCAAUGAUCCUUUCCUUGGAAAUAUCCUGCCAGUCUCGCUACGAUCUGAAACAGAAUCUAUCACACGACCAGCGACAGGCAAUUUUGGAGGAAAGAAGACAACUCUCGCUGGAAAUUGAGAGAGCUUACAGCAUUUGGAACCAUUUGCGUCAUCAAUCCAAAGAGGCAUCAAAGACGGCCGAGGCUCUUCAUAUCAUGCUAAAAGUCACAAAUAACCACCUGCAACAUGGCGCAACGCCGGAGCAAACACAGCCUUUGAACCUGAGCACAGGUAUUCAAGCUACAAGUGAUGCCCCCAUUCACUCAACUCCACUCCUCUCUACGCCUCCGACACUCGAGUACCAGAUCGCUUCAACAACCCGAGAUCCUGAGUACAGCCCGUUAGAUAUCGAUCUGAUGGAUGCUACGUUUUAUCUGGGACAGGAUCCCCCUCCCGCUUCCACCGAAACACGGUUCGCAGGCUCGAACAACGUGGUCGGUUUUUAUGAGAGAUAUUGGGAUAAUCUUAUGCUGCUUGGCGGGGACCAAUCUUUUAUAGAUGUGCCUCCGAACGGUGAAAAUUAG